AUGUUUGCUCCUAAUAUUGACCAGAUGCAUGUAGUUGACCAUGUUAAAGGAAGCCCUACAGAGGAAACAAGAAAUGUGCUGGUAGAAAGUGCCAGGCUGGCUCGAGGUGAUAUCCAGGAUUUAACACAACUCAAAGUCAGCGACUUGGAUGCUGUCAUUUUCCCAGGUGGAUUUGGAGUUGCAAAGAACCUUUGUACUUGGGCAGUGGAAGGAAAGAAUUGUUCUGUGAAUGAUCAAGUAAAGUCUACACUCCUGGCCUUCCAAGGGGCUAGGAAACCCAUUGGGCUGUGCUGUAUCUCCCCUGUACUGGCAGCUAAAGUCUUUCCAGGCUGCGAAUUAACAGUUGGGCAUGAUACAAAUGAUGAUGGCAGGUUUCCAGACGCAGAGACGGCUGGUGCAAUACAGGAACUUGGAUGCAAACACGUGUGUAAAAAGGUUAAUGAAACCCAUGUUGAUGAGAAUAACAAAAUAGUCACAACUUGUGCGUUUAUGUGUAAGGCACCUCUUCAUGAAAUAUUUGAUGGGGUUGGAGAAAUGGUGCAGGAUGUGUUGAAGCUUGCAUAAACUGAGCUAUAUCUGAGAAACUGAAAUAAAUCAUUGAAGAUUUCAGCACAGUCCUCUACUCACUGUAACUUGACGAAGGUACAGCAGCUCAAAAACCUUGGUUUUAUUUGUCUGAUUUCUGUUACCUUUUGGAAGUCUUUUUCAAAUUUCUCUUCUUUUACUAUCCUGAUUGCCUAUGCAGUGUAACAGCUUUUGUAUUAGCUCAUUCA